AUCUGAGGGAGAAGGACUGUAGUCUUCCUGCUCUUACCCGGGGAGCAUGCCUAUGCCUCAGGUAAGGCAGGCUCUCAGAAUGGCCACCCCAACCCCUGAAGAGCCCUUAGAUAAGCAAAAUGAAACACUGGACAACGAGGAGGGGGUGGGAUUUAAGGAACUGGAGGGUCUGAAGGAAGCCUUGGCAAAUCUCCGAGGACUGUCAGAGGAGGAGAAGGGUGAGAAGGCGAUGCUUCGCUCCCGCAUCCAAGAGCAGUCUCAGCUCAUCUGCAUCCUGAAGCGGAGGUCAGAUGACGCCCUAGAGCGCUGCCAGAUCCUGGAGAUGCUCAACACAGAGCUGGAGGAGAAGAGAGUGCAGGGGGAGGAGAAGCUUAGGGCCAAGACUGAACAUGCCCGGAAGCUGGAGGAGCGCUUUAUGACCCUGGCAGCCAACCAUGAGAUGAUGAUCCGUUUCAAAGAUGAGCACAAGAGUCAGAACGUCCAGCUGAGGGAGGAGAAUGAGAAGCUGAAGCUGGAGAACAGCAGCCUCUUCAGCCAGGCUCUGAAGGAUGAGAAGGCCAAAGUCCUGGAACUCACUUCUGGGAGUGAGGCCCUCACCAAGGAGCUGGAGACUCUGAAACAGAGGUGUGCCCAGGAUGCCUGCCAGGCACAGGCCCGUGAGAAGGAGUUGCUGGAGCUACAGAGCCAGCAGGCCUGCACCCACGCAGAGGAGAGACAGCGGCUGCACAGCCAGCUGCAAAGCCUCAAGCAGCAGCACCAGAAAGCCGUGGAGCAGAUGGCAAAGGCUGAGGAGAUGCACAGCAGCCUGAGCCAGGAGCUGCAGGCCAGGCUGCACACAGUCACUCGGGAGAAGGAGGAGCUGCUGAAGCUGUCUAUGGAAAGGGGCAAGGUGCUUCAGAACAAGCAGGCAGAGAUCCGCCAGCUGGAGGAGAAGUUGGAGACAGCAGAUGUGGCCAGGAGGCACGCACUAGAGCGGUUUGAGCAAGAGGCAGUGGCUGUAGACAGCAACUUGAGAGUUCGGGAGCUUCAGCGCAAAGUGGAUGGAAUCCAGAAGGCCUAUGAUGAACUCAGGCUGCAGUCAGAAGCUUUCAAAAAGCACAGCCUGGAUCUUUUAACCAAGGAGCGAGAACUCAAUGCCAAACUUCGCCAUCUCUUCCCAUAAGGAAGUCUCUGCUUCCUCUUGCCUCCAAUUUAGAAUUCAAAUAUUUGUGGCUUAGCACUAUGACCAGAGCAAAGAUGAUAUCCCAUUUAUUAUACUUUUAAGCACAAAAGGCAGCUCAGAGCAAAACUACUAUGAUAU